AUGUUGAAUGCAGAAGGUGACAGCGAGAUUGUAAAUAAUAUGUACGAGACCGACCCUGAUCUCCUUGCUGGCGAAAGUGCAGAGGAGGAAACAGAGGACAGUAUUAUGUCCCCCAUUCCUGUCGGACCUCCAUCACCCUUUCCCACCAGUGAGGACUUCACUCCCAAGGAGGGCUCACCUUAUGAAGCUCCCGUCUACAUUCCUGAUGACAUUCCAAUCCCACCAGAUUUUGAACUCAGAGAAUCUUCGAUUCCAGGGGCAGGGCUAGGGAUUUGGGCCAAAAAGAAGAUUGAAGUUGGGGAAAGAUUUGGACCCUAUAUGACAGUACAGAGGAGCACAUUAAAGGAAACAAACUUUGGAUGGGAGCAAAUACUGACUGAUCCCGAGGUGACCUCCCAAGAGGGCACUAUAAAAAAGCAGAUUGCCGAUGACCUGGGAAAUGAGAAAUUCUGUAUUGAUGCUAGCCAGAGUGGAGCUGGGAACUGGCUGAAGUACAUCCGCGUGGCCUGUUCCUGUGAUGAACAGAAUCUAGCCGUGUGUCACGUUAACGACCAGAUCUAUUAUAAAGUUAUUAAAGAAAUUGAGCCAGGAGAAGAGCUCUUGGUGUAUUUGAAGGAAGGUGGUUAUUCACUUGGGAACAUGGCGCCCAGCAUGGAAGAAGAGCACACGUUCCGCUGCGAGGACUGCGAUGAACUUUUCCAGUCAAAGCUCGACCUGCGGCGACACAAGAAGUACGCCUGCAACGCUGUCAGCUCCCUGUACGAGACCCUGAAUGACGAGAUCAAGCAAGAAGGUCUCGGAGAUGGACAGGUCUAUGAGUGCAAAGACUGUGAGAGGAUGUUCCCCAAUAAAUACAGCCUGGAGCAGCACAUGGUGAUCCACACCGAGGAGAGGGAGUACAAGUGCGACCAGUGUCCCAAGGCUUUCAACUGGAAAUCCAACCUGAUUCGUCACCAAAUGUCUCACGACAGUGGGAAGCGGUUUGAAUGUGAAAACUGUGUUAAGGUGUUUACCGACCCCAGCAACCUCCAGCGGCACAUCCGUUCCCAGCACGUUGGCGCGCGGGCCCAUGCCUGCCCGGACUGCGGCAAAACCUUCGCCACCUCGUCUGGCCUCAAACAACACAAGCACAUUCACAGUACUGUCAAACCUUUCAUAUGUGAGGUCUGUCACAAAUCCUACACGCAGUUCUCCAACCUCUGCCGUCACAAGCGGAUGCAUGCGGACUGUCGCACCCAGAUCAAAUGCAAGGACUGCGGCCAGAUGUUCAGCACUACCUCCUCUCUCAACAAGCACCGGCGCUUCUGCGAGGGCAAGAACCAUUACAACCCAGGGGGGAUUUUUGCCCCUGGCCUGCCCCUAACGCCCACUUCCAUGAUGGACAAAUCCAAGCCCUCUCCCAACCUCAAUCAUGCCAGCCUGGGAUUUAAUGAUUAUUUUCCGUCCCGCCCACACCCGGGGGGUCUUCCAUUCUCACCUGCCCCCCCAGCAUUUCCUGCCCUCACUCCAGGAUUCCCAGGGAUUUUCCCACCGUCUCUAUACCCCAGGCCCCCCUUGUUACCACCCACACAACUGCUCAAAAGUCCCCUCAACCACACUCAAGACGCAAAGCUUCCAAGCCCCCUUGGGAACCCAGCACUUCCUCUGAUCUCUGCAGUGAGCAACAGCAACCAGGCCGCUUCAGGAGAGGAGAAGUGUGAAAGCAGCCUGGAAAACUCCUACCUGGAGAAGCUAAAAGCCAGGAACAGUGACAUGUCCGAUGGCAGUGACUUUGAGGAUGUCAAUACAACCACAGGCACGGAUCUGGACACCACUACUGGCACUGGUUCUGACCUGGACAGUGAUGCAGAGAGUGACAGGGACAAAACGAAAGAUAAGAGCAAGCAAAUCGAGAGCAAGCCGGAUUUUGUCAGCAGCUCUGUGUCUGCAAGUUCCACCAACAAUACGAAUGAGAUCCCUCUCUUCUAUUCUCAGCAUUCCUUCUUUCCUCCCCCCGAAGAGCACCUGCUGCCUACCACGGGAGCAGCUAAUGACUCUAUUAAAGCUAUCGCCUCCAUCGCAGAGAAAUAUUUUGGGCCUGGCUUUAUGGGGAUGCAGGAGAAAAAGAUGGGUUCACUCCCGUAUCAUUCCAUGUUUCCUUUUCAGUUCCUCCCCAAUUUCCCCCAUUCACUCUAUCCUUUCACAGAGCGCACCCUCAAUCACAACUUGCUGGUCAAGGCAGAACCAAAGUCUCCCAGGGACCUCCACAAAGUAGGCAGCACCAGCUCAGAGUCACCCUUCGAUCUCACCACAAAGCCAAAAGAGAUUAAGCCAAUCUUGCCGCCACCUAAGGUCCUGCCAGCCCCAUCCUCAGGGGAAGAACAGCCGCUGGAUCUGAGCAUUGGCAACCGCAUCCGAGCCAGUCAGAACGGAGGAAGAGAGCCACGGAAAAACCACAUUUAUGGGGAAAGGAAGCUAAUGGCAAGUGAAGUCUUACCCAAGAUUUCCCAGUCUCAACUGCCUCAGCAGCCAUCCCUGCAUUAUGCUAAGCCAUCACCCUUUUUCAUGGACCCCAUAUACAGGGUGGAGAAGCGGAAGGUGACAGACCCUGUGGGUGCCCUAAAGGAGAAGUACCUGCGACCCUCCCCGCUGCUUUUUCACCCCCAGAUGUCAGCCAUAGAAACAAUGACAGAGAAACUGGAGAGUUUUGCAGCCAUGAAGGCAGACACUGGCACUUCCCUGCAGCCCCUUCCACAUCACCCGUUCAACUUCCGAUCUCCACCACCCACGCUAUCCGAUCCCAUCCUGCGCAAGGGCAAGGAGCGUUACACCUGCAGGUACUGUGGUAAGAUCUUCCCGCGCUCAGCCAAUCUGACGAGGCAUCUGCGGACGCACACUGGAGAGCAGCCCUACAGGUGUAAAUACUGUGACAGGUCAUUCAGCAUUUCCUCCAACCUCCAGCGGCACGUUCGAAACAUCCAUAACAAGGAGAAGCCAUUCAAAUGUCACCUGUGUAACCGAUGCUUUGGGCAGCAGACCAACUUGGACCGACAUCUUAAGAAGCACGAACAUGAGAACGUUCCAGUGAGCCAGCACUCUGGAGUCAUUACAAACCACCUUGGGACCAGUGCCUCUUCCCCAAACUCGGAAUCAGACAACCAUGCACUUUUAGAUGAAAAAGAGGAUUCGUAUUUCUCUGAAAUCAGAAAUUUUAUUGCAAAUAGUGAGAUGAAUCAAGCAUCAACUUUAGCAGAUAAAAGGCCAGAAAUCCAGGAUAUUGAUGGCAAUUCUCAGUGUCAUGGAUUAGCAAAUGAGAAAACGGAAGAUGUGGAUGAUGAAGAUGAAGAACUGGAAGAGGAAGAUGAUGACAGCCUGACAGGGAAGUCACAGGAUGAAACGGUAUCACCCACCGCAGAGCCCCGAGGAGCAUUUGAGGAUGAAGAAGAUGAAGAGCCCACAUCGCUCACCAUGAGCUUUGACCACACCCGAAGGUGUAUUGAGGAGGACGAAGCCGGCUUGUUAGAUUUGGAGCAGAUGCCGAAUUUUGGGAAGGGGCUGGAUCUUCGCAAAGCAGCCGAGGAAGCAUUUGAAGUUAAAGAUGUGUUUAAUUCCACCUUAGACUCUGAGACAAUAAAACAGACUCUGUACAGGCAGGCUAAAAACCAGGCUUAUGCAAUGAUGCUGUCCCUGUCUGAGAACGCUCCCCUCCACACGUCCUCCCAGAACUCUCUGGGUGCUUGGUUGGACAUGGCAGGAGCAGCUUCAGAGUCGGGGACCUUUAACCCCAUCAACCACCUCUGAGAGGUCAACAAGGCACU